CUAAUUUAGCAUCGUAUUUUUUCCCGUUUUCAACAUUGUCUCCUACGUGUUGUUGAUUUGUUCUUGAAUGUCAAUAGCUUUGCAAUAGCACCCUUGAGCACUCCCACACACGUUGCAUACCUUAGGCAUCACAAUGGCUGCACCAAAGAUCAGCAAGCGGGGAAUCCGCAUCGCAAUAGACCGCGGUGGCACCUUCACAGACUGUGUGGGCAAUCCUGGCACAGGCAAGAUGGAAGAUGACAUCCUCAUCAAGCUCCUCUCUGUUGAUCCCUCCAACUACGACGACGCGCCUCUCGAGGGUAUCCGACGACUUCUCUCCAAGUUCACGGGCACCGAUAUCCCACGCGGGCAGCCGCUCGACACGUCCAAGAUUGAGAGCAUACGCAUGGGCACCACAGUCGCGACGAAUGCGUUGUUAGAGAGAAAGGGGGAGGAUAUCGCCAUGGUAGUGACAAAGGGGUUUAAGGAUUGUUUAGCGAUUGGAAAUCAGUCGCGGCCAAAUAUUUUCGCACUCGAUAUCAGGAAGCCCGAGGUGCUUUAUAAGCGGGUUGUGGAGAUUGACGAGCGCGUCACGCUGGAAGACUAUGCUGAGGACCCAGAAAGAAAUCAGACAGAGGCGAAGAGCGUGGAAGAGGCGGGGGAGAACGCAGAGCUUGUCAAGGGCUUGUCGGGCGAGACGGUGCGGAUAUUACAACGACCACAGGAGGAAGCCAUAAGAAAACAACUACAGGAUGUGUAUGAUAGCGGACUGAAGAGCAUCGCCGUGUGCUUAAUGCAUGGAUAUACGUACCCGAAUCACGAGGCGUUGGUAGGCAGGAUUGCGAAAGAGAUUGGGUUUGAGCACGUUAGCUUGAGUCAUGAGCUCAUGCCUAUGAUUAAACUAGUUCCACGAGCCACGUCCGCCUGUGCUGACGCAUACCUUACUCCCGCGAUACGGAAGUACAUUGAUGGCUUUUCUAAGGGCUUUGAAGGCGGCCUCGGUUCAAAGAGCGUAAAGCGUGAACAAGGUUCGAAGGGCGCGCGAUGCGAGUUCAUGCAAUCAGACGGUGGUUUAGUAGACGUCGACAUCUUCUCUGGCUUGAAGGCUAUUCUCUCAGGACCUGCAGGAGGGGUUGUGGGUUAUGCUUUGACCUCGUACGAUACUGAGACGAAGAUCCCAGUCAUAGGAUUUGAUAUGGGUGGCACAAGUACCGACGUAAGCAGAUACGGCGCCGGACGCUACGAUCACGUGUUUGAGACGACGACCGCUGGUGUCACCAUCCAGUCACCACAACUAGACAUCAACACCGUUGCGGCAGGUGGUGGUUCGCGCCUCUUCUGGAGGAACGGCUUGUUCGUCGUAGGACCCGAAUCAGCGAGCGCACAUCCAGGCCCAGCGUGCUAUCGAAAAGGUGGCCCAUUGACCAUUACAGACGCAAAUCUCUUCCUUGGGCGCUUAUUACCAGAUUUCUUCCCCAAGAUCUUCGGCAAAAACGAAGACGAGGGCCUCGAUGCAGAUGCGAGUGAGAAGUUGUUCAAGGAACUGGCGGAGCAGAUCAAUAAGGAAGUCGCCGGCGGGAACAAGGAGAAGGAGAUGUCACUGGAUGAUAUUGCAAAUGGAUUUAUAAAGAUUGCAAACGAGACGAUGACGCGACCGAUUCGUAGUUUGACUGAAGCACGAGGGCACGAUACGUCGAAACAUAGACUCGCGACUUUCGGCGGUGCGGGUGGGCAGCACGCGGUGGCCAUUGGGGAGGCGCUGGGCGUAUCGCAGAUCUUGAUACACCGAUAUUCAUCCGUGCUCUCGGCUUACGGUAUGGCGCUUGCGGAUGUUGUGGAUGAGAGACAGGAACCAGAGUCAAAGGUGUGGUCUGAUGACAAUGAUGUCCGGGAGUACUUACAGAAGAAGAUGGCAGAACUAAAGUCGAAAUCGACGGCGACAUUGAAAGAGCAGGGUUUCGAUGAUGAACAUGUACACUUUGAGGAAUACCUUAACCUGAGAUAUCGCGGCACCGAGUCCGCAUUGAUGAUCGUCAAGCCCACAAAAGAGGAGGCACAAAAGGACUACGACGGUGAUGAUUGGGCAUUUGGCAAGGCGUUUGUCAAGCAGCACGAGCAAGAGUUCGGCUUCACGCUGCCAGACCGCGACAUCAUUGUAGACGACGUACGCGCACGUGGCAUUGGAAAGACAUUUGAAGGUCUGGAGAAGAGCGUGGAUCAACAACUCAAGGAGAUCACACCUAAAGACCUUCCACGCGACGCAAAGCGCUAUGAUUCUCGGAAAGUCUUCUUCGAAGGUGGGCGACAGGAGACAUCCAUCUAUAAGCUCGAAGAUCUCGAUGUUGGCGACCGAAUCAAGGGUCCCGCCAUUAUCGCAGACGGCACACAAACCAUCGUCGUUACGCCCGGUGCGAGUGCGUUGGUCAUCAACACACAUGUCGUCAUCAAUAUCGGUGAGAGCGAUGGUCAAGAUAAGCAAAUUAGCACGAAUGAGGUAGAUCCAAUUCUACUGAGCAUCUUCGCGCAUCGCUUCAUGGCAAUCGCAGAGCAGAUGGGCCGUGCAUUGCAGAAGACGAGCGUAUCCACUAACGUCAAGGAGCGCUUGGACUACUCUUGUGCUCUCUUCGACGAGGAGGGUGGAUUGGUUGCGAAUGCUCCUCAUCUCCCUGUCCACCUCGGCAGUAUGUCGACCUGCGUGCGCAAACAAGCUGCCAUUUGGAAAGGCAAGCUCAAGAAAGGUGACGUUCUCGUCUCUAACCAUCCCAUGUUCGGUGGUACACAUCUCCCCGACAUCACGGUCAUCACGCCAGCUUUCAGCGGAGACAACAUCCUGUUCUACGUUGCUUCCCGCGCACACCACGCAGAUAUUGGCGGCAUUCUACCUGGGUCUAUGCCCCCACACUCCAAAGAGUUAUACCAGGAGGGCGCGUCCAUUAAGAGCGAAAAGCUGGUGUCAGAGGGUCACUUCAAUGAGGAACGAAUCACAGAGCUGCUGCUAGAUGAACCAGGUCAAUACCCCGGGUGCUCCGGUACUCGUUGCCUUUCUGACAACAUCAAUGACCUGAAAGCGCAAGUUGCUGCUAACCAGAAGGGUAUCAAUCUGAUCAGCACAUUGAUGUCCGACUACGGCGAGCAAGUAGUGAAGUUCUACAUGACGAACAUCCAGGAAAAUGCUGAGCAGUCUGUGCGACAAUUACUGAAAGGGGUGUACAAACGCUUCGAGGGUCAGGAUCUGUCUGCAGAAGAUUUCAUGGACGAUGGGUCGCCAAUAAGAUUGAAGGUCACUAUUGACCCUGAUAAGGGUGAAGCGGUGUUCGAUUUCAGUGGUACUGGACCCGAGGUGUAUGGAAACAUCAACGCCCCAGAGGCCGUCACUUAUUCCGCAAUUAUCUACUGCUUGCGCUGCCUCAUAAGCGAAGACAUACCGCUCAACCAAGGCUGUCUCAAGCCAAUCCACGUCCUUAUACCCAAGAAGUCCUUCCUCUCGCCAUCCGACAACGCAGCAGUGGUAGGCGGAAACGUUCUCACAUCACAGCGCGUCACCGACGUGAUACUAAAAGCUUUCAAGGCCUGUGCGGCCUCACAAGGAGACACAAACAACCUUACAUUUGGCUUCGGGGGCACCACAUUCGGAGGACAGGGCGGAAUUGGAGGCGAAAGAAAAGAGACCAAAGGCUUCGGAUAUUACGAGACAAUCGCGGGUGGAAGUGGCGCGGGACCCACGUGGAACGGUACAAAUGGUGUGCAUACACACAUGACCAACACACGUAUCACAGACUCGGAAGUCUUUGAACGUCGGUACCCAGUCUUGCUGCGGGAAUUCUCGCUUAGAGAAGGAAGUGCAGGUAAAGGCAUGCAUAACGGUGGUGAGGGCGUGAUAAGAGACAUUGAGUUCCGCAUACCAGUGCAAGUUAGCAUCCUGAGUGAACGGCGAGUAUAUCAUCCCUACGGUAUGGAGGGCGGUGGCGAGGCUGCUUGCGGACUCAAUAUUUGGGCCCGUAAAGUAGACCAGAAAGUCAUCGACGAGAACUCAGACAGUAAGCGGCCUACCGAGCCGUCCAGAGCGGCUGACACCCAAGAGAAGCAAGAGGUGGAGUAUAGAUAUAUCAGCCUUGGCGCUAAGAACACGGCCGCUAUGCGCCCCGGUGAACGCAUCAUUAUAAAUACGCCCGGAGGCGGUGGCUGGGGCCGAGAGGGCGAUGAGAGUAGAGUGGAGAGGAAGGAGGAUCCUCAGAUUAGGUGGACGAAGGGGAGUGUUGCUGGACGGCAGGCUGAAGCUGAGGCUAGUGCAUAAGUGAGUGAGUGUAUUAUGCGGUCAGAUGGGUAUGCGGCGAGUGCGGGUGAGCAUAGAGACGGAACUGGUAGCUGGUAAUCUAUAGUGAAAGUUACAUGUAGCUAUAUGGAGAGCUCAAGUUGCGACGUACGAGCUUUCUAAUAGAGACAAUGAUCAAAAUCCGACAAGUGGGCAAUUGGGUUGCGAG